CUGUCAUCUGUUUAGGUCAAAAUUUAAAAUAGGCGGACGUAUAAAACCUCGUAUUUAUGUAGAUAUCUUUUCUUUGUCCUUGUAAAUAUAACUGGAAGACGUGUAAAUUAGAAGAACAUUACAGAGUUCUACAAUAAGUAACACAAUCGACGUGAAAAAAGAGAUCAAGAUGAGCAAGCUGUGCCGUCAGGUGUCCAUCGAGUCCCCCGGGCCCACGCUGAAGGAGUGCGUGUUCAGUUUCGACGUGCCCGUGCCCGAGGUGCCCAUGUACGGCGCGCGGAUCCGCGUCGCGUACGCCGGCGCCUGCUACAGGGCGAACCGCACCCGUUCCGCGUCCGUGUGCUCGACAUCUUCCGUCUCGUCCAUCGGCAGCCUGUCGGGCGAGAUGGAGAACUUCGGGAUUCACACUUCAACACCUGCACAUAUAGGACUACGCGACGGAGCCCUAUUUCCAGGCUACGAGGUGGCCGGAGUGGUUGACGCCAUCGGCAAAAACGCCGACACUGAAGGGAUCAAGGAGGGCGACAGGAUCGUGCUGUACCCGUACGAAGGAGUCCCCCACGGCUACGCGGACUACAUCGUCGUCCCGGACUUCAAGUGCCUGGUGCGCGUGCCGCCCGAGCUGCCGCUAAGCGUGGCCGCCAUGCUGCCCACCGGCGCGCUGCUCGCCAUGAACACCGUCAACACGGGCAGCGACUGCCUGCACAAGAUCCUGGAAGGGCCCGACCACAAGGACAUAGCCACCGUGCUCAUAGUGGGCACCGGCGGCCUCGCGCUCUGGGCCCUGCGCAUAGCCAGCCACUACUUCCGUCAGUCUUGCUGGCAUGAUCGCGUCCGGAUAUCCGUCGCCACUCUCAACGAGGAAGGUUUACUCUACGCCAACGACUGCGAACAAAUAAAAGUAGUACAAUGGAACGAAGACCUAUACGAGAAGCAGCUGAUCGAGCGCACCACAGACGCCUGCGGCGGCCCCGUCGACCUCGUCAUGAACUUCGGCACCACCUCGCGUUCACUACACCGCUCGCUGCAGUGCCUAGCGCCGGGUGGCGUGGUCCUAGUAACGGAGGCCGUGGGCGAGAAGCUGCUGCCCAAGUUCGCGAAGAAGGCCGAGGCGCUUCGUGUGCACGUGGUGGUCGUGCCCGACGGCACGCUGGAGCAGCUUCGCGAGCUGGUGGGGCUCGUCGCCAGGGGGGAGAUCGCCCCUCCCCCCCACUCGGUGUUUCCGGCCGAGGAGGCGCAGGAGGUGGUCCGCAAACUGUGCAACUCGGAGAUCAAGGGCCGCGCCAUACUGCGAUUCCACAACGUCAAUUAAGCGAGUGGCUCACUGUAUGUAGCUGGGGAUAUACAGAUGCGUCUGCCGGAGAUCCAGUGGCGUAACUGUAUACGUACAUAUACAGGGUAGCUAAAAAAUAAGUGCAUUCCCGUUGCCAGGGAGGUUUUGGUAUUAUACUAACUUUUACUAUAUGACCAGCCACGAAAUCGCGAAAAUUUUACCCUCCUAUAGAAAAUGGACCAGCCCAAAUGUAUGAAACAGCCAAAUUUUUCGCGAUUUCGGGGUUGGUCCCAUAGUAAAAGUUGCUCGGUAUAAUCCCAAAACCUCCCUGGCAACGCACCUGGGAAUGCACUUAUUUUUUAGCCACCGUGUAUAGUAACGUAAGAAACAGGCCAAUUUUAGUGCUUUUAAGUUUGGAACUUUCUUUUAUUUCUAUCAUAAUUCGAAUUUAAUUUGUACUUGUACAAGUACGCGGGGAUUUACAAGGGUGUGGUGGCAAAGUGGGCAAAAUGCUACAGUCCCCCGGCUUUAAAAUAGCCCCAUUUUACUAAGACGCCUUGAGUACAAGCCUAACUAUAUCGACUAUACAGUGUGGAAAGAAUGAAUGGGCCCUUAGAACUUAAGGUUUUAAGGCACUUUCCCUCCAGGGCCCAUUCAUUCUUUCCACACUGUAUAUCAUAUUCGAUGAGUACCACGGGCCUCGGUAUAGUUACGCCACUACGAAGAUCUAUCCACGGAGACACCGGUGCCUAACGGUGGGCAUAUAUGUAUAUUAUUUGAUAGAUUUGUCUUCCAGAAAGAUCUGACGUACACAUCUGUCUUUAUCCUUAGCUUAGCUUGGGCAGUUUCGUAAUGCCUUGUAUAAACGAAGCUUUUUUUUAACCUCCUAAAACGUAGAAGCCAUUGUUUUAUUAUUUGAUACCUGGGCCACAGAAUAAGUAAUAGUAUUAUCAUACAUAACGGCCACGCACCGCCCCGCCCCGACUCGAAUUACCUCGCCCCGCGACAGAAAUCUGGCGGACUUCUGGCGUACUUUCAGUACCAUUUUUAAACAACUUACUCACACUAUGACGCAUGACGCGUGUACAGACGUGCCGUUCACACAUAGAAACGAAAGUGAUUUUUCAUGUAUAACGUCUCCGCCCUGUGCCUGGGCCCCUAUCACAAAAAACUGUACAAGUCAACAAUAUUAUUAGGUUGUAGAUAAUGAGUUACAUGCACAAUUAUUACACACAUUAUCAGAUCUACAAGUUUACAAUUUACAAAAAAUUCACACAACGCGUGACACAAAACCUGGUGCUUAUGUCAAAUGGUGAUCUAUUCCUACAAUUUUCAUAUGUGUUAAAAAUAAAUAAUACGAAUUUGUAACAUUAUAUUUUCUGGUACACCAACUUGUUUAUUCUACAAUCUUGUAACUUGUCACUUGUAAAUUGUAAUUGUAAGUAUUUUGAUAUAGGACCCUGGGGCCCGUUUCUCAAAAGCUUGUAGCUUGUAAUACAAGUGGAAGUCCCUUUCUAACAGAAGCUGUCAAAAAGUGAGUUCCGCUUGUAUUACAAGUUACAAGCUUUUGAGAAACGGGCCCCUGUGCCAUGUUUAUCAAAAGCUUGUAGCUUGUAAUACAAGUGGAAGUCCCUUUCUAACAAAAGCUGUUAAAAAGUGAGUUCCGCUUGUAUUACAAGUUACAAGCUUUUGAGAAACGGGCCCCUGUGCCAUGUUUAUCAAAAGCUUGUAGCUUGUAAUACACGUGGAAGUCCCUUUCUAACAAAAGCUGUUAAAAAGUGAGUUCCGCUUGUAUUACAAGUUACAAGCUUUUGAUAAACGGGCCCCUGGUCUUAUAAAAUAAUAGUACGUAUUUAAUUUGAUCCUUAUAAAGGUCUUUGGGAUGAAGGAGGUUAAAAAACAGUCGCUUGUAUUACAAGUUUUCGUGAAACAAGCCCCUGGUGCCCUGGCAUGUGUACUUGAGUAUGAUUUAGUAAUUGAUAUGAGUAUUGAGACAUUCGUCCAUAAUUGAAAAUUUUGACACUUCGACUACACCACAAUCCGUUUGCCUGCCAUGCGAAUGUUGUUACUAAACUUAAAUAGAAAAAGAAAAUAAAUGAAACGGGAAAAGUCUCAAUAAUGAAAGUGCAGAAAAGUUGAAAAUUUUCAGCACAAUGCAGUAUAUAAGUACUUAUAAGAUUGCGAACGCCUUUUAUAAAGCACAGUCAGUUAUAACUUAUAGUGUACCUUAUGUAAAUCAAAUGUGCGAUAAUGGCAAUUUUAUUUUAUUGAUGACUACACAAUCAACACAUUUUAUAAGCUCUGGUGGCCUAGCGGUAAGAGCGUGCUACUUUAAAUCCGGAGGUCGCGGGUUCAAACCCCGGCUCGUACCAAUGAGUUUUUCGGAACUUAUGUACGAAAUAUCAUUUGAUAUUUACCAGUUGCUUUUCGGUGAAGGAAAACAUCGUGAGGAAAACGGACUAAUCCCAACAAGGCCUAGUUUCCUCUCCGGGUUGGAAGGUCAGAUGGCAGUCGCUUUCGUAACAACUAGUGCUUACGUCAAUUCUUGGGAUUAGUUGUCAAGCGGACCCCAGGCCUAUAAGCCGUGGCAAAAUGCCGGGUUAACGGGAAAAAGUGACACAUGUUUAAUUGCUUUGACUAAUAUUACAAUCAGUUUUGUAAUCAUGUCGUUAUGUAAGUGAUAAAUUGUAAAACUACAUUUGUACUUCGUAAAGGACAUACGGCAUUCAUACUUUUGUCGUGCACUGCUACACAUGCCAAGGUAAUUAACAAAGUUUUAUGUAUGUACUAGAGAUGGGCCGAAUAUUCGGUAAUUAUUCGGUAUUCAGCAUAUUUUUCAAUGUUCGUAUUCGGCCGAAUAGUUCGGUUCGCAAUGCCGAAUAUUUACCGAAUAAACAAUUUUUUGUAAAGACGGAGUACGCAAAUUGCGGGCAUCUUUCUCUUUUACUCCAAUUAUGGCGUAAUUACUUAGUGUGACAGAGAAAGAUGCCCGCAAUUUGCGAACUUCAAUGUUCACGGUAGGCCCUCAGGUAUUAGACGGUUCCGUUUCUUUAACAAAAAAUUCCCAGUCGGUUGGAAGGGGAAGGAUCAAAAACACGCGAUGAGAGCAGACCACGCACCUGUAUGAACUUGUUUUCAGCUUUUUAGACAGUUUUAGCCCAACCGAAUAUUCGGCAAAGUCCAUAUUCGGCCCAUCUCUAUGUACUAUUAGUGACACUAAACUAUAUGCGAUUAUAAUGGCGAAAUUAAUGUAACAUAACUGAUGUCAAUGUCAAAUAUAUCAGGGAGAUAUGACACAAGGGCUUUGGUUGAUAUUAUUGUGUUACUCAUACAGAAUGUUUUUACAAUCCUUAAGG